UUAUUUUCUUUUCUCCUUUGUUUAUUAUUCGCAUCUUUAAUUGUUUGAAUUCUGGACUGCACGUGUUGGAUUCAUUUAGAUUUUCUUAUAAACUAUUUGCAAUUUAAUUGUUUAAAACUUAAUUUGUUUGUGUUCAGCUUGAAAGCAAUAAACACAUUAUGAAGUGGACCACGGCAAAUGUAAAAAACCCUAACUAUACACAAAACCAUGAAAUAUUUGUUGGCACACAUACGGGUUCCUUUAAAAAAGUAAUGCCAACAUAUCAAGACAAUCCCUUUAAACAACAAAAUUUGCGGGAUUUAGAAAAGUUAGAUAAGGACUCAGUUGUAACUGCAUUAGCCUUCGGCGAUGCAGACAAGUCGGAAAUAUUGAUUGGACGAGCACAUAAUACUGUUGAAAUACAUUCAGUGCAAACAGGACAGUUGGAGCGUGCCAUACAAGUGAAAUCAGCACCUGUGGUUGGAUUAGCACGUUUCGGUGAAGUUUUAAUUGCUGGCUUAGGAAAUGGUGAAGUGCAACAUGUUUUGCUUGAUCAGGAAAACCCAAAAAAAUUUUCUAUAAAUACGGGUGAUGAUAUGGCACAUUUGCGUCAAUGUCUAACUUAUCGUAAUCUAGUUGCGACUGGUGGUAAAGGCAGACAAAAUAAUCUUAAGAUUUAUGAUAUGGCUGUAGAUGGGAAACAGAUUUUCUCUUCCAAAAAUCUACCUAAUGACUAUUUACAAUUAGAGGUGCCCGUUUGGGAUUGUGAUGUGGGUUUUAUUGCUUCUUCACAUACUCUGGCGACAUGUUCACGUUAUGGUUAUGUGCGUGUUUAUGAUACACGCAAGCAACGCCGACCAGUGCAGUGUUUCGCUACCGAGAAUCAAUUAAGUUUUACAACUUUGACAGCACAUGAUAACUAUAUCUAUACGGGUACUACUAUGGGUGCACUGAAAGCUUUCGAUAUACGGAAUAUGAAGAAUUUUGUGCAUACAUAUAAAGGUUUUACCGGCGGUAUUAGCGAUGUUUGCUUGGAUGCUACGGGUAAAUAUUUGGCUAGUGCUUCUUUGGAUCGUUAUGUACGUGUGCACCAUGUGGACUCCUGUGUGUUGCAAUAUCAAUGCUAUAUUAAAUCAAAAGCAAUGCGGGUGUUAUUACGUGAAUGUACGGAGGAACCUAGUAGUGUAAUGACCAAUGAUGAUGUAGAAGGGGAAAAAGUGCCACAAAAUUCAUUACAAAAAAGCAAUAAACGUAAACGCAAAGAAGAUCAGGAUGAUGAAUAUGAAGCUAUGUUUGAAAAUAUGCAAACUAUAUGUGAAAAUGAUGACAACGACAAAGUAAUAAAUCCUUUAAACAAAGCGAACAAAGUGAAAUCAAGCACAAAGAGGAAAACUGAUUUAAAUGCUGUUAAAAACAAAAAGAAAAAAUAAAACAAAUUUUUUUUAUUGUUAAG